GGGUAGCAAUCGGUACCGCGCGUGCGCAAUGUUGUUGUAUGCUUUAGCCUGUGAGAGAUUUGAAAAAGCAGUAAAUGGAUAGUGAGGACGCUCCAGCCCAGCGGCCAGUCACUUUGGACAUCACAGUAGAGGAUGUCACCCAGGAGACGCCAUCCCCAUGUCUUCCAGAGUCAACUAGCAGUCAAACUCCUGCCAGAGAUAAUUUCCUGCCACAGGGAGAGAGCAUUGACCUUGGGGGAGACUUUGCAACGCCCCAGGGAGACAGCAGUGCUUCACCUCCAGAAAGUCUGAUGGACAAGCUCAAUGACCAAAUGAUGGAGAGUGUCAUUAUCUCAGAUUCAGCCAAUAACAGUGAGGAGGAUGAUGUUGCUCCCAUUGACUCAUUCCUUGAAUGUGCCGUUGCUGAAGGAAAUGAAAGAUACACAUCAUGUGACACUGAGGAACAAACCGACUGCAUACAGAUUAUGACUGAGACUGACAUUUCAGAUGUGCAGCAGGAAGAAGAAUCUGACAAAAAAGAGGAGAUAAAACCAAGAGAGCGGGCAAAUUCAUCUCACACUGACACACAGUAUCCAUCUAGUUUUAAAAGUGAGCAACCAGUGUUGGAAAUGGGGACAAAUAUCAAAGAUGAGCCUGUGCCAGUUUGCACUAUAUUUAGCCAGAGUAAGCAGCCAAAUUCCCUGAUACCUGACGGCUUCCAGCCCACCCUCAUCAAGUCCCCGAGCUUUAGUAUGGGGAGUGGUGGGGGAGGUGAUGAAGCAGUAACCCCCAGCAAGUUGACCAUUCCACUUGUAUGCCAGCCUAGCCCUAGCCUCAGCAAAUUCUUCAGUGACAAUGGACAGGGCAAUCCAGCCUCUGACUUUUUUGAUUCCUUCAUGGCCCCCUCCUCCUUCAUCUCAGUGUCCAACCCCAAUGCAGAGAUCCCUCCAGGCCCAACUGAUACACCUAUAGCCACAAACCCCCACCAGCUCUCUUUUACCUCCUCCUCCUGCACCACCCCUGGUACACCCACUCCCCACUCAAGACAUAGGUCUGCCACUCCUGACUUUGCAGUCAAGUGUCAGUCUCCUCCAUCCCCAACAUUACCAUCUCCAAAUCAACCCCUUGCCUCAGCUCCAGUCACACAGCCUUUCAACCAUCUACAGGCUGUGUUCUCAGGAAGUGACGAUGCAUUUGCAACGGCGCUCAGUCUGAGCGAGGUGGACAGACGCCAUGAUGCAUGGCUGCCAUCUGAGGAGACGAGGAAGUCAUUGCUCUCCAUGGCCACACAGCAGUAUAGCCCAGUAUAUGCAGAGAGUAACAGACUCACCAUGCCCGGUCUUAAGUUUGACAACCUUCAGGGUGAUGCUGUAAAAGAUUUAAUGCUUCGAUUCUUGGGGGAGCAAGCGGCCAUGAAACGACAAGUUCUUACUGCCAACUCUGUGGAACAGUCCUUCCUGGGUCUCAAACAGCUCAUUAGCAGUAAGAACUGGCGAGCAGCGGUUGAUCUGACAGGCCGUCUUUUGACAGCUCAUGGCCAGGGAUAUGGAAAAGCUGGACAGCCAACUUCCCAUAUCACUAACUCACUUCAGCUUUGGUUCGUGCGUUUGGCCCUUCUGACCAAGCUAAACCUCUUCCAAAAUGCUGAGCUGGAAUUUGAGCCUUUUGGUGACCUGGAUCAACCAGACCUCUUUUAUGAGUACUACCCCACUGUAUAUCCCGGUAGAAGAGGCUCCAUGGUGCCAUUCUCCAUGCGGUUACUGCAUGCCGAGUUUCCCCAGCACCUGACUAAGCCCCAGGAGGCUCUGGACCGCCUGCACAAUCUCAAAACUGUCUGCCUCACAAUCCUGGAGAACUUGGAUAAAGGCUUGGCUGAGGAUGGCGGCAUGAUCACCCUAACAGAGGAGAAUCGGCAAGAAUCUCUGAAGCUGUGGAAAUCUCGUCUCAGUCGAGUCCUCUACUCCAUGGCCAACUGUCUGCUGGUGAUGAAGGACUAUGUUCUGGCUGUAGAAAUCUAUCACUCCAUCAUCCAGUAUGAACCCCACCAGAGAGCACAGCUGGUCAGUGGCAUAGGACGCAUCUUUUUGCAGAUUGGAGACAUUAAAACAGCUGAGAUGUAUUUCUGCGAUGUGGAGAAAACAUGCCAGAUGACAGACAGAGAGCCCUGCCUCACAACAUGUGUGUUGAUGAACAGGGCAUUUGUCUACCUCAGUCAGAACAACUAUGCUGAAGCACAUACAUCCUUCAUGGAAGUUUUAAAGAUGGAUCCAAAAAACCCAGUUGCCAACAACAACGCAGCAGUGUGCCUGCUCUACCUGGGCCGUCUCAAGGAAUCCCUGGGCAAGCUCGAAGGCCUGGUGCAGCAAGACCCAGCCCUCUACCUCCACGAGAGUGUUCUCUUCAACCUAACCACUAUGUAUGAACUGGAAUCUUCACGCAGCACCCAGAAGAAGCAGGCGCUGUUGGAGGCUGUGGCCUGCCGAGAAGGAGACAGCUUCAACACUCAGUGCCUCAAACUGGUUUGAAAAAAUGAGGCCUUGGGGAAGAGCACAUGAUCUACUGUACAAGCAACCCCCUACACUCCCAAUGUGGGUAUUGCUCCUACAAGAGAGAGGUGACUGUUCAGUGCUUAGAUUGGUUUCUCAAAAGCAUUUUCAAACACAUUGACCGCAUUAGUUUUCUUCUACCAAAAAUAAGAGGCUAAACCCCAUCUGUAGACAUUAGAAUUGUUAAGGAAUGCUUUGACAAUUAGGAAAUACAGUAACUCCCCAUUGUUGAUAUUUUGUUGUUUUUGUUUUAUUUAUUUUUUUACACAAUAUUAUACAGUACUUCUUAAAAGCUUGACUAUUCAAACUAGAGUUUUUUUCCGAUGACACCUUCAAUUGAACUGGUUGGCAAAUUAAGAUUUGUUGAAAAUUUUGUUAACAAUAUAAUUAAAAUACUUACACUCUUAUUAAAUCAGCCAGACAUUAAAAAGACACGUCAGCUCCGCCAUAUGUUGACAUUUUGACAGUUGAAGUUGUGGCGCAUAAGUGUUUUGUGCUAGGUCUAAUAGUAUGCUGCUCGUACUCAACAGGCUUGCAAGGCCAGCAAGUACAAAAGUUGGGCAUAUAUCGAUGAGCUUUGAUGCUAAGCCAACUGCCUCACAGGUGGUAUUUAAUUAUAUCAAUACAGUGGACCUCCACUAUUCAUGGGGGAUAAGGACCAAGCCAGACUACGAAUAGCGAAAACCUGCGGAUAAUUGAUGCCCAUCAUAAUUAAUUACAUUGGAAAUAUAUAUAUAUAUAUACACUACAUUGCCAAAGGUAUUUGCUCACCUGCCUUGGCUCACAUAUGAUCUUGUGAUAUCCCAUUCUAAAUCCAUAUGGUUUAAUAUGAUGUUGGUCUACCCUUUGCAGCUGCUGUAACAGCAUCAACUCUUGUGGGAAGGUUUUCAACAAGGUUUUGGAGUGAGUUUAUUGGAAUUCUUGGCCAUUCUUCCAGGAGCAUAUUUGUGAGGUCACAUACUGAUGUUGGAUGAGAAGGCCUGGCUCACUGUCCACUCAAAAACAACCCAAAGGUGUUCUAUCAGAUUGAGGGCAGCAGAGUCAAGUUCAUCCAUACCAAAUUAUUUCAUCCAUGUCUUUAUGGACGUUGCACAGACAUGUUGGAAGAGGAAUGGGUAAUCCCCAAACUGUUUGACUGUCAACUAUCUCUUGCUAUGCUGAAGCAUUCACAGUUCCUUUCACUGGAUCUCACGGGCUAAUAUUUUGGACAUUUCCAACUUUGUGGGAGCAGUUUGAGAGUUUGAUGUGGAUGAACUUGACUGGCCUGCACAAUCCUGACCUCAACCCUAUAUAACACUUUUGGCAAUAGAGUGCGUGCCCAUUAUUUUUUUAUUUUUUUUUAUACCCAAAAAUAACUUGAAUAAAUGGGUAUAUACCACCAAUUGGUGUUUUCGGUGUUGGUUCACUCCAAAAAAGGGAAAAAAGAACAUUUGAAAAAAGAAAUUCUGUGAAUAGGUGAAUCUGCGGGGGUCCACUUAAUUACAUUCUAUCAAAUCUGCAGGUUCACAAUGUAAGACGAGCUGAGUUUGAAUAUAAACGAAGUUUUCUUGCAGCCAUUAGUUUGUCCAGUUUGUGAGACAAGGGCAUUAUACUAAGACUCACUAUGCUUCAAGUCCAUUAAGCAUGCACUGCAUACAAUAUACAUAAACCACUGUGAUUGUAUUGUACCUUCCCGUGUGUGUGUGAGUAUAUACAUGGGAAUAUAGUAUGUGUGUGUGUAUAUAAUGGAAAAUACAAUGGUCAUUGUUUUUCAGAUUAAAUGAUUAGCGCAAUUAUGUUCUUAAAAACAUUCAAUUUUACUGUCUAUAUACAGUGUUCAUCAUAAUUAUGUAUGAAUGUUUUCUUUACCAUAAUAAAAGCAAUGUUAGUUUAAAGUGCAUAGGAAAACUCCAUACCAUACUUUCAUUGACGACAGUGACAUUUUAUUGUUGGCGGGGGGGCAUGUUCGUCGCAUUAGUUUGUUUGUUAAUACGCUGCUGGAUUUAUAGAACCUGGCAAACAAAUGUCACUACACUACUGUGGAGUGGUGGUGUAAAGUUUCAGUUACAAAAAUCUUACACAUACUUGAUGCAUCAAUGCUUUGAUUUCAAAUUACAUUACUAUUUAAAUAAAUGUUUAAAAAAAAUAAAACUUGUGGUUAC